AUGUCUUCCUCCUCCGAGCUCGUCCUCUACAACCUCGUCCCCGCCCCCCAAACCCUAAACCCUCCCGCACCACACGCCCCCGCAGCCGCCGAUCUCUCCAUCUCCACCGCCGUCGCGGCGGCGGCGCCGGGGACCGCCGCCCUCCACGGCCGCGUUCGGCGCCCGGUGGGGUUCUCCUCCUCCGCCGACCGCCACGCCAAGGUCGCCGGCCGCGGCCGCCGGGUCCGCAUCCCGGCCAUGGUGGCGGCGCGCGUCUUCCAGCUCACGCGCGAGCUCGGACACCGCACCGACGGUGAGACCAUCGAGUGGUUGCUCCGCCAGGCCGAGCCCUCCAUAAUCGCCGCCACCGGCACCGGCGUCACCACCGAGGAGGCGCCCCCGCCUCUUGUCUCCCCGUCUCCUCCGUCGCGGCCACCGCGUCCAUGA